AUGUCUAUGAACGUGAUGUUCAAGAGGCUUAGCACGAGCUUGAAAAAGCAACAAACCCACCAGCAAGUAACAAUUCAGGGGCAGGAACAUCAGGUCUCCUCGAGCAAGAAGGCAAAGAGUGCUGAGGCUGAUGGAAAAUCACCUAAUAAGCAUAAGAUUGAAUUGGUGGCCUCAAGUACAGUGCCUAAGGAAUUGGAUGCGGACAACUCCCUAGACACAUCCUCAUCAAUCACCCAUCUAGCCAAUGAGAGGGACCAGAAAAACUUGGACUCCUCUCAGACCAAUCCUGAUGAAGCACCCUUCCAUGUGGUUGGCUUGUUGUGA